AUGGCCCUCCACCCUCGAAGAGUCCGGCUGAAGCCCUGGCUGGUGGCCCAGGUGGACAGUGGCCUCUACCCUGGUCUCAUCUGGCUACAUAGAGACUCCAAACGCUUCCAGAUCCCCUGGAAACAUGCCACACGGCACAGCCCCCAACAAGAGGAAGAAAACACCAUUUUUAAGGCUUGGGCUGUGGAGACUGGAAAGUACCAGGAAGGGGUGGACGAUCCUGACCCGGCUAAAUGGAAGGCUCAGCUCCGCUGUGCUCUCAACAAAAGCAGGGAAUUCAACUUGAUGUAUGAUGGCACCAAGGAAGUGCCCAUGAAUCCUGUGAAGAUCUACCAAGUGUGUGACAUCCCCCAGCCCCAGGGCUCUGUCAUUAACCCAGGGUCCACAGGGUCUGCUCCUUGGGAUGAGAAAGAUAACGACGUGGAUGAAGAUGAGGAAGAAGAUGAGCUCGAUCAGUCGCAGCACCACGUCCCCAUCCAGGACACCUUCCCCUUCCUGAAUAUCAGCGGUUCUCCUAUGGCUCCAGCCAGCGUGGGCAACUGCAGUGUGGGUAACUGCAGCCCUGAGUCAGUGUGGACCAAAACAGAACCUCUGGAGAUGGAAGUACCCCAGGCACCCAUCCAGCCGUUCCACAGCUCCCCAGAGCUGUGGAUCAGCUCUCUCCCCAUGACUGACUUGGACAUCAAGUUUCAGUACCGUGGGAAGGAGUAUGGGCAAACCAUGACGGUGAGCAACCCUCAGGGCUGCCGGCUCUUCUAUGGGGACCUGGGCCCCAUGCCCGACCAGGAGGAGCUCUUUGGUCCUGUCAGCCUGGAGCAGGUCAAGUUUCCGGGUCCAGAGCAUAUCACUAAUGAGAAGCAGAAGCUGUUCACCAGUAAGCUGUUGGAUGUCAUGGACAGGGGACUGAUCCUGGAGGUCAGCGGACACGCCAUUUAUGCCAUCAGGCUGUGCCAGUGCAAAGUGUACUGGUCCGGGCCGUGUGCCCCCUCACUUGCUGCUCCUAACCUGAUUGAGAGGCAGAAGAAGGUCAAGUUGUUUUGUCUGGAAACAUUCCUGAGUGAGCUCAUUGCCCACCAGAAAGGACAGAUAGAGAAGCAGCCACCAUUCGAGAUCUACUUGUGCUUCGGGGAGGAAUGGCCGGAUGGGAAGCCCCCGGAGAGGAAGCUCAUCUUGGUUCAGGUCAUUCCAGUGGUGGCUCGGAUGAUCUAUGAGAUGUUUUCUGGGGAUUUCACCCGGUCCUUUGACAGUGGCAGCGUUCGGCUGCAGAUCUCCACUCCAGACAUCAAAGAUAACAUUGUCGCCCAGCUCAAGCAGCUGUACCGAAUCCUUCAAACCCAGGAGAGCUGGCAGCCCAUGCAACCUGCCCCUAGCAUGCAGCUGCCCCCUGCCCUGCCUGCCCAGUGA